CGCGUCCUGCAGUCAAAACACUGAAGCUUAAAGCCGGAACCUUUGUACGGACGACUCACUGCGACACUCGGAUUUAUUUGUUGGUGACACCUCAGGAACAGCUGUUUUGAUCGGCUAGUAGCUAGCUGCAGCUAACUUACUGGCUUAAUUUAAAUCAUAUGACUGUUUUUCUACUUUUUAUACUUCACGGGUUGUUGGAGGACUGUCGCCAUGGAGCCUGCCUGCCGUAAAGACAAGCCGAAGCUGAACUCCACCCCGACCAGAGGAGACAGAGCCAAGCAGAAGUCUGUACAGCAAGAGCUCAAACAGAGACAGAGGGCAGAGAUUUAUGCCUUGAACAAGGUGAUGACAGAGUUGGAGCAGCAGCAGUUUGAGGCCUUUUGCAAACAGAUGCAGUCACAAGGAGAAUGACUUCAUCUGCCUUCAUCUUUCAUCUGAACUAGGACCUGUCAUCCUCCGUGUACACACAUGCUAUUAGCUUACACACAACCACACACUUACUUACUUACUACACAUACUUCUACACUAAGACAAUCUUUGGUCUUGAUGUUUUUCUGACUCCAAUUCCUGACUCUCAAGUCUUUACCUGAAUAUGCUAGAGAGUAUUGUUACGAUAAGCUGAUCUAAAGUUUACUGAAAGCAUUGUGUCCUAAUCCAAACUUAAAGUCUCAAGAGUUCAGGGAGGGCAGAAGUUAUCAGCUGGUCAUAGAUCUACCUGUUACUGUAAAAGCACAGUCGAAGUUAUCUAUGUAGACAUAGAUAAAGCUGCAUUAAGUGAUUUUUGAUCACUACAAAGAAAGCUCCAAUGUGUAGUGAGACUUAAACAACUUAGUUGAGUUUAACACUACCCACCCUAAAGCUUUAGUGCUUUCUUUCUUCACCAAAACACUACACCAUCCAUUCAGUCUCAAAUGUGCAAGAAGAAAAAACAAGAAGCCACUAUGUUAGUUAUUACAUCAAUAAGGGCUGCAGUAAAUGCACAUGUUAUUGUGCAAUAAUUCAGUUACAUAAUGAAUAAAUGUGUUGUCCAGGAUGCCCACAGAUAAAAUAUUUUUGUUUACAUUAUUGGUGUAGUUUAAACCCUGUGUCCCCUGUAAGCUCUUGUUUUGUUUAAAUGAGAUGCAGUGUAGAGAUUGGAGAUCGUCUUUUUGUUAUUUUAAUAUAAAAUAUAAGAGUCAAACUGAAUGAAGCAGUUUGAGGCUGCAGUAUGUGAUUGCGUUGCCAGCAGUGCAACAGCUACAUCACAUCAUUGUUUGCUCUAAAGUGUAUGUACUGCUACACUGACUAACACUGGCAUGAUAAAGACAAAUAUUACGCUUCACUGACUAACACCAGUCAGCUACUGCAUCCACUUCACAACCACAGAUAUGGAUUCUAAGUGGGAAUGGCAGAAAGAGGAGUUGUUUUCCAGCGAUCCAUAAACCAUGCUUAAUGUAGUGUCAAAACAGACAGCUUUAACGGGUGCUCACUUUGUGAAUGGCAUUGUAUGCAGAGCCAACUGGCCUGGACAUGAAUGAUAUUGCUUUUUAUUAUCAUGUUCACAAGUUUUGUGGCCUAAACAACUUCUGUUAUUUCGGAGGACUGUAAAAUAUUUAUUUUGUUUAGUUCAUUGUGUCCUCCUCUUCCACUAAGUUAUACAAUUUAAUUUAGUGAAAAUAAAAGUGAGUUUUUUUAAAACUUG